CAUUGUUGCAGAAAAAUAACUGUACCAUACGAAAAUUCUACAGAGCGCAAAAUUUCUUACAACGCGUAUCGAUCUCUCCGCAGGCAAUGCAUCUUUCUUGCCUGUGCUAUGUUUAUAAACUGUUGACCUUGCUUGUCGAAGAUCGAUGAAAAAUCCUCGAUCGCCGAAAAAUUACGAUCAAGAAUGGAAAUUGUCGGCGAUUACGAAUACAAUACGAAAGAUCUGAUAGGUCACGGCGCAUUCGCUGUGGUCUUCAGAGGUAGACAUCGUAAAAAACCAAAUUUUGUAGUAGCAAUCAAAAGUAUCACGAAAAAAAGUUUGGCAAAAUCACAGAAUCUGCUUGGAAAAGAAAUUAAGAUUCUGAAGGAAUUAACAGAAUUACAUCAUGAAAAUGUUGUUGCAUUGUUGGAUUGUAAGGAGUCUAAUUAUAAUGUCUUCCUCGUUAUGGAGUAUUGUAAUGGUGGGGAUUUAGCUGAUUAUUUAAGUGCAAAAGGCACUCUUUCUGAAGAUACUAUUAGAGUGUUUUUAAAACAAUUAGCAGGUGCAAUGAAAGCACUACAUGCCAAAGGUGUAGUCCACAGAGAUCUUAAACCACAAAAUAUUUUACUUAGUCAUAAUUGUGGUAAGGCUUGUCCACAACCACAUCAAAUAACAUUAAAAAUUGCGGAUUUUGGUUUUGCUAGAUUUUUACAAGAUGGUGUAAUGGCUGCAACAUUGUGUGGAUCACCAAUGUAUAUGGCACCAGAAGUUAUAAUGUCACUUCAAUAUGAUGCAAAAGCAGAUCUUUGGUCUUUAGGAACAAUAGUUUUUCAGUGUCUUACUGGGAAAGCUCCAUUUCAAGCUCACACACCCCAAGCUUUAAAAUUAUUUUAUGAAAAAAAUGCAAAUCUUGGACCUAAAAUUCCUCCUGGAACUUCACCUGAACUAUCAGAUCUCCUAAUGGGUUUAUUAAGACGUAAUGCUAGAGAUCGUAUGCCCUUUGAUGAAUUUUUUGGACAUCCUUUCCUUCAAGGUUCUAGAGAAAAUCCUAGUCCAGUUCCUGCUGAACUCCCUGCUUCUCCAGGAACAUUAACAAUUCAAGAAGGAACUACAGUUAUAAGAUCAGAACCAGAAACAACUAGUCCGUGUUCUAGUCCUGAAGAUGAUUUUGUACUUGUACCAAGUGAUCUCAGUAGUGACACAGACAAUAAUCCUAAUACGCAACAAGUAAAGUAUAUUAAACAAGCUAGUAGAGAGGCAGUGAGUCCACCACGACCAUGUUUUCUUCCUAUUUCGGAGCCAAUUCCUGUUCCAUCACAAAGAAGUAUUGCACAACCAUCAUCUCCUUCUACUAAUAUAAGAUCAGGAAGCAGUGUUGUUCCUCGCUCGCAACCAAUAAGCAUGAAACGCAGUGUGGAUACUCAUAGAAGUCAUGCUCCUGAUAUUGGUUCUCUUAGUCCACCUAGUGUUCAAUUUGUAAUUGGUACACCACCCAGUAGAAGAUUGAGUGAAACACCUCCACCACCAAAUACAUGGCAAGUUAGUCCUGUUGCAAGGCAUUCACAUACUUCGAGUGGAACGUCACCAUUACGGCGUUCAACUGGAAAUAAUAGUGCAUCCUCACCAUUGUUAACAGGACCGUUAGCAGUAUUAGGUUCUCCUACAUCAAGAGCAUUUCAGGAUAAUAACAACACAUUGAGGCAUUCACCAGUUAUUCCUUUUGGUACAAGAGCAGUUACUCUUCCUGAAAUAUCUGAAGCGGGUAAUUUUCAAAAUCUUUUACCAGAAGUAAAUUCUACGAUAACAGAUGAUCGACCAUUGACAUUCAUUGCACCCGAACUUCCAGAAGAAACGCUUUUAGAGCGGGAACACAACGAAAUAUUAGCAAAGUUAAAUUUUGUUGUUGCAUUAUGCGAAUGUGUAUGUGAAGUAGCAAGGACAAGAGCAGGACCUUUAGGUGCACCUUUAGGUGGUAUUGAACAAGCAAGCACUGCUGCAACAAGAAGAAGAGCAGAACAAGUAAUUUUACUUGUUAGAGCUCUUCAAUGGCUUAGUUCUGGAUUAAGUCUAGCAACACAACAACUUAAGGCUGGCAGGUUACAGCCAACUGCCAGUGUAAAAGAAGGUAAUUUUCAUUUAUUAAUAAUUAUUAUAUAUGACAAUAAUAUUAAAAAUAAUUAUAUUUUAGUUGUAAAUACAAUGAAUGAAAAAUUCAGAACGUGCCUCACAGAAUGUAAACAGCUCAAUAGUGUAGGGCUUCUUCAUCAGACAGGAGCUACUGCGGAUAAGAUUCUUUAUAAUCAUGCCAUUCAAAUGUGUCAAUCAGCAGCACUAGAUGAAUUGUUUGGUAAUCCUGCAGAAUGUUUUCAACGAUAUCACACAGCACAGAUAUUACUGCAUUCUUUAUCACAACAUGUCAGCCACAGUCAAGAUAGAGCUCUCCUUAUUAAAUAUAAAGAUGCUGUUGAGAAACGUUUAUAUGUACUUCAACAACAAGGCUACAUUUAUGCAACAGAUCCAACAUAGCGCUUGUGAAAAUUGGCAACAGACUGCAGUGACCCGCCCAAAUCCAUACCAUUCUCAAUAUCUCUUUUCUGUAAGAUAUUCUGCCCUAUUCUGUAUAAAAAUUGUUAAUUCAUUGAUCAUUAUGAUCAUAUUACGAAAAUUACAUUGUAGAAAUAAAUUUAAAAUUACAUAUAUAGUAAAUUUUGUUAGAUCUUACACAGAAUAGGGUAGAUUACUCCAUGAAAGAGUAUGAAAGUGAUUCUGUACAAGUUUCUUUAUAUGAUUUAUUAAUGAAUAUGAAUAAUGAAUUAUAUAUAUAUAAUAUAUAUAUUAUAUUAUAUAUAUAUUAUAAUGUA